UAGACAUUCAACAAACAUAGCCAAACGAAAAAAAAAAAACAAUGUGGAAAGUUGGUGCAUCACUGAUACUCUUUUGGGGAAGACAAAAAGAUGAAAUACAGUGGGGUGCAAUUGCUGCGAUUUCCGUGUAAUCCAAUAGCUAACGCCAGGAAAAAUAUGCAUAUACUUCCAAAUUUAGUAUUACGUCUGUUCAAAUUUCGAGUUCACAUACUAACACAUGUUAGGUCAUGAUUAAAUAUGCACUUUCAAACAUAGGUAAAUUACAAAUACAGUACAUUGUUUUCUAUAUAAAAUUCCGUUACUUUUAGUACUGGAUUGCACGAUUACGGAUUGCAUCCAAUGAUCCAAUACAGCUGUCUUUCUAGGGGCCCUCCUGUGGUCUAUUAAGUGCUGGCAGUUGAUAAUUAAUAGUACAAGAAUUGCUUGACUGACACUACUCUGAGAUCGACAGAUACAAGCCACCUAUUCAGAGCCACAACACGGAGAUGCCAUAUGGGACAAAAUGUGAUACUACUCCUAGUUCGAUAGAUACAAGCCACCUAUUCAGAGCCACAACACGGAGAUGCCAUCUGGGAUAAAAUGUGAUAGUACUCGAAGUUAGACAGAUACAAGCCACCUAUUUAGAGCCACAACACAGAGAUGCCAUCUGGGACAAAAUGUUGAGAUUUAGAAUGGUAGCUAAGGUGACAAACUAAGUUCAGUUUUGAGAAUCUAGUGGUUUCACUGCAAACCAUACCAGGUCUUCGUUGCAGUUCACAAGGCACAAACUUUAUGUUGAAAUUGAUGUAGAAGCCUGCAAAGUGCAGGAUAAUAGAACACGAAAGGAGCAUUGAGGUUAUGAGGUAUACAGACUGCCCAGUGAUGCUUUCUGUUGUUCAGGACACACUGAGCGGUUCAUCAACUGGAUGGACAGAUGAGAAGCACAUGCUCUAUAUUAGCUCACUGGAGUUAUCAUUUGUUACUAAAUUAUAUGAUGGAGAAGUCAACUCGAAUGGGGUGCUCUGCUGGUCUUCAAGUGAAUGGAGGCGUAAAACUCAUAAUGGAAAUCACAGAAACACAGAAGUUGAUCAGCAGGUAUAUAGCAGGAUGGUUGAGGCUGAUGCAGCCGAAUCCAGAUUAUCACAGGCUGAGCAUACACCUUCAUAUGACGAGGAUCAGGAUGGCAGGAAAGCUUAUUAUAUGGAUGAUGAUGAUGAUGAUGAUGCAUCAACUAGUGAUCCAAGACAAGAGGGAAUCAGUUACUAUGCAAGACGGAAGAACUUUGGAGGGUCUUGUACUUCCCAUUUGCACUGGCAUGGGCAUUCCCUUUCUGGAACAGAUUUAUCAGAUCAGAAUUUUGUUGACAAUGAGACUGAAGUUAGCGAGGAACAAAGGAGAGUAUGUAGCAACAAGCGACUGAAACUAGCCGCGGAUACAACCAGUAGUCCGGCUGCUCCAUCUGCAAUUCAUCAUGUGGAAAUAGAUUACAGUGGUAAUUCAUAAGACUUUGACAUCAGGUUACUUGACACGGAGCCUGCAUCUCGCAAAAGCCAUGGAUCGAGAAGAUGGUCUGUCUAAAGGUUUUCGACUGGAGUAGAUACCUGCCGGGAAAUAAAGAACAUGAGAAGUA